AUGCCACGGAAAAUUUCAAUAUCAGCUGGUGAAGAUUAUGUAGUACCACGCGGUUGGGCUGGUUUUGGAUUGCAAGUCGAUACAACACUUGUGGAUUAUCAUAAUUUAUGGGAAGAAUGGAUCGUCACAUAUCAUGGUACAAGUACCAUUGCUGUUGAAUCCAUUUUAGCCCAUCGUCAAUUCCUUUUGCCAGGUGAUACACUAUUGAAUGGUAAACCUCUUGGUAUACGACCAGGACACAUUCCAGGAAAAGCUCAUCUAUAUACAUCACCAUCAAUUCUUUAUGCAAGUCUAAAUGUAUAUAGUGUUCGUUAUAAUUUUACGGAUUCGUCUGGAAAAAAAUAUGAAGCAAAAAUUGUCUUCCAAUGUCGUCAGAAACCUAAAACAUUUUGUGUACAAGCUGAAACAGUAGGACGAGGCAAAGAUUCAAUUUGUCCAUUUAUUUCAAAUGAUAAAAUUGAAUAUUACACUGUUAAUCGUUCAUCAGUUGUUCCUUAUAGAUUGCUUGUUUCAUUGAAAGAAUUAUGA